CAGUGCAGGUAACCAGCAGUGCAGCACUGCUGUCCCCCACCCACACCACAACUGCACUUCUGCUUUAGAAUCAUAGAAUCGCUCAGGUUGGAAAAACUGAAAACCCUGACCUCCAAGGUCAUCAAACCCAACCACAACCCAAUGUUCUACCUUAACCAGAGCACGCUGCUCCUCACCCUGCCAGGCAGGGAGCAAAACCACAACAGCAGCAAAGUCCUCCAGCCUAGGAAAAGGUGCCCACAGCUGCUGGAACAGCACGACAGCAGAAGUGACAGCGAGAAAGCUGCUGGGUUGGGGUUACAUCAGUGCUUCCUUCCUUAUAGGGCAGUCAGUUCCGGGCUGGCAGGAGGCUCACACAGCAAGGACAGCAAGCACUGCAGGCACUGCAGGCAUCACAACCAGCCAGCCCCCCUCCCACAGCACAGACCCCCACAGACCCCCACGGGCUCCAGGUAAGAGCUGCCCCAUGGAUGGGGGGAGGGCUGCCCCGUCCUGCCGCCCCACGCUUCUCUCCCACGGUCCAAAGUCCCCCCCCAGCUCCUCUCGGGACUUCAGAACUUUGAAACUUAAGGAUGAGCUUGCACAGCCCAAAAGCCCCCAUUACCUGGAUCAGAGCUGCAGUGCAGACCCACGUCCCUCUCUCCACCCGCUCCUCUCCCCCCUCUCCCUCCCCCCCCUUUUGUCUUUCUUUCUCCUCAUAAAGUUAAGCAACUUCCUAUAAAGUCACAGGGUUUAUCCUCACAGCCCCGACAGAUAAAACUACAGAUAUAACUUUAAGAGUGCCUGCACUUUUAAAGUCAGUUUCAAUGAGAAUUGCUGUGCUUUGCUUAUGGCUGAGCCUGGAUCUGAGGGUCCUUCAUGGGACGGAGAGGAUUUGUGACUCUGGUCGCCCUCCUGGACAUGACAGUCCCUGCUGGGAGGGGAGGAGAGCAAACUGUUGAAUGGGACACAAUAAAGCAGUGCACAGAUGUGAUAACACAACACGUUUUUCUCCUUAACUCCAGGAAGCUGUUUUGCUCGUAAAUCAAAGCUCCAUUGAACGUAAAUCAAAGCUCGUAAAGAAUCAAAUCAAACCAAAGUUCUGCUCACAGAACGAAGAACCUGCCAGCAGCUUCCAUUUCCAGCUCUCCCAACAGGGAUGCAGGAGAGCAGCGGGGAUGUUGGGCUCUGGGGUCGGUGCCGAUCCAUGAGAAACACCCAAAGUGCUGAGGAACAUUCUGGCAAACAACGAGCGCUUCUCCUUCCUCAUCCCAUCACCUUCAACACUUUCACUUCCUUUCAGACUUUGACCAAAUUGUUUUUCCAACAUUGUGUUUUGAAACAACAGAGCUCUGCCGGGCACCAACACAGGGGGGAAACGCAGAGCAUACAAAGCAAAACUCCAGAACAGCAAGAAAUUGCUCAAGAUUUGCUUUCUUUAAGCCUCUAUAAGAGCAAUGCAUUAAUUACAGCACUGGGGACCCCAGCAGGUGGUACAGAGGUUAAAUAGCCAUGCCCAGCUCAGGUUGCUGUGCUGUAUGAUGGUACGUGGAACGAAUAAUGGAGGAGCAGCCAUGGGCUCCAACAGCAAAGCUCCAUCCCCAAACAGCCAGCUGUGCUCUCAGCCCAACCCAGGCUGCACAGCAAAUGGGGACGAGCCUGAGUAAGGCUAAUUAGCAAGGCACAGAUGCUAUCAGCACCUCUCCAUGUGCCUUUUGAAAGUCAUCUCAUCUCAUGCAAGUUGUGUUCUUGUAUUCUUUGGGAGGGUUUAUAAUCCUCAAAAAUUAGAAGUAAGAUAUUUUAUUGUAACCUUCUAUUUGUAUCCCAACUCAUUUUGCUUCUCUUCUUUCCUAAGGAGCUGCGCUUCUCACCUUGGGUUGAGAAUUCAUAAAGCUGCCGUGGAAUGUUUAAAAAAGUGACCCAAAAAGUAGCAAAGCAAAUGGAUCCCAAAGGAGAGCUGGUUCCUGUCCACAGCAUCUCAGACCAAGACCACUUCAGGCUGCUUUGCCUGGUUCGAAGGAAAAGGAAAGCCAGAUUCCACCCCUUUCCCUCCUACAGACGGACAGAAUUCCGGCUCCACGACGUGCUGCUGCCUGGAGAGGAGAAGGACAGCGUUGAGUCCCUCCUUGCCAGCACUGCCAGCCACAGCCCCUGGGAGUUCACAACCAUGGGAAGCAUCAAAGAUGGAGUGGAUGGGACCCUCAGCAUUCCCAUUGACCCCGCAGAAGUAGAGGUGGGAGGAGCUGCCUCGGUGUCCAAGCAGUGGCACAUCAAGCUGGAAAAGAAGCACAUCCUGGUAGCCAAACUUGAGGCUCUGAGAGAGGAAAGGAAAAUCAACAUGAAGCACAGCUUCAUCGAGCAGCUGAGGAAGGCAAGGCAGAACUUAUACGUGAUUCAUGAAACGAUAGAGACCUCAGAGGAGGCCAGAUAUGAGGAAUCCACGGAGGCGGAGGCGAAGUUCAUGGCUCAGCUUUACGCCAAGUUCUCUGCUAAGGGCACCACGGGGAGCAAAGAGAGCAUCACCAUCCCCAGGGGCUGCACGCUGGCCUUCAGGGCGAUGCAGCUGACCAUCGGGGACACAGCCUGGGGUAUUAACCAUUUUCCAGAGAGUAAUCAACCAACGUUUGUAUCUGAUGGUUUUGCACACAGAGAAUUAGAUGCACUGGAGGAAGAAGUUAAGGAGAAGUGUCACAUUCUGUCCCACCUGGCUGAUGAGCUGAAUGCCAUCAUUGUAAAGUCCAUCAAAGCUGUGAUGAGAGACAGGAACCUCCUCGAGGAGCUGAGCGAGAAGGUGGAAGCAGUCCUCAAUGACCCUGAUAACUGUGAGCUGACAACGCAGAGCCCAGACUUAGAAGUCCUGCUCAGCACACUUAAGAUUUCUGCACGUUGUGAUUUCCUCAGCCUGACAGAAGCCAUCUCCUACACACUGGAUGCCUUCAGUGAGCUCACGGAGGAUCAGCUGCUGCUAUUGCUGGAGUCCUGGGAAGUGAAGAUUGUGCCCCAACAGCUGAAACUGGUGAGGAGCAUCCUGGAGCAGAAUGCAGAGCGCAGCACUGCUGCUGGUUUGCUCUCCUCCUUCAGCCAGCAGCAGCAGCAGCAGCAGCUGACCACGGCGGUGCUGGAGAUGAGUGGGGUGGAGCUGCAGGGGAGCAGCGCUGCUGCCUGCAGAAAGGAAAACUUCCCAUGCCUGGCAGCUCUGUACGCAGCCCUGCACGCACUGCACUGCCUGAGUGCAUCCUGACGGGUCCUCCUGUAGGGCUGACUGAAAGGGAAUCGCCUGAUACGAUUAAAAAGCAAUUACACCGAUUCUUUCUUCAAGUUGCAAGCGCAGCAAAGUGGGUUGGUU